AUGUCGUCGAAGGAGCUGGAGGAACUCUUCCUGGAACUCCUCGCCUUGGGCACCAAAGAUCACUUGAUGGGCUGCGCAUGGGAAGGCGCCAACCCGGAAGCCAAGGCCAAAGGCAUUGUGCUUUGGCAUGCAUACUCGUUGCUGGAAGUCGUUGAGGAGACGCGUGAUGACGGAACACCACAACGGCUGAUGCAAGUCCGAAACCCUUGGGGCCACAAGGAAUGGAAGGGAGACUGGGGAGAUGACUCUGAGCUGUGGAGUCAAAAUCCCCAGCUUCAUGAAAGGAUGAAGACCAAGAUGGCGGGUGGCAACGAUGGAAAGUUCUUCAUGUCCUUGGAGGAUUGGGGCAAAAGCUUCAAUGCAUUGACCGUGUGCCCCAUUGGUGAAAGGACUUUAGAGACCGGGGGCACCACGCACGACUUGUCCGAAGAGCUCGAGGAUGAGGCUUCUGCAGGCGCACCACGUCUCUUCUUGGACAGCGAUGAUGAAUCCGAAGGCCCCAAGGAAUGGAUCAACUGGUGA